UUACCUAUUGUCACCCUCCAGAACAGAGGAGGGUGAAUAAAAGUAAGAGCAGGACUACACGAUUGGAUGGAAAAGACGUUCCUCAAAAUCCUAGGCGUUUUUGAUUUAUUUGUUUUAAACAGCAGAAUCCCUAGAAAAGGCGAAAAGUAAGGGCUGAAGGCUAUGGACUUUCGAGCCCGUUUCAACCCCCACUCCGGACCUCUUUUAAUAAGGCUCAAGAUCCCAGAAUAAAUACCUAGGGAUACUAAAGCAUAUUCUUCCCUCCCGGUGGUGGGCAGGCAAUUCCCGGGCUUUGGGAUCAGGAGAACACGCUUCCCCACCGCCACCCCCAUUUUAUCUCCUAGCGAGAUAGGUCCUGAUUGGGAGGCAGAGAAGGAAACUGAGGCAUAAAAGACAUGCCUGCAGAACCCUCUGAGCGCCCAGUCCCGAUCCUGAGAAUUUCUUUCCCGGCCACCACUCCCUUCCCAAUGCUCCUGAGGGGGGCGGGGCUGGGUGUUGGCUGGUCCAGGAUGUGAGAUCCUGGAUGAAAGAAAAAGCUAGUGUAAGUGUUUGAGGCCUUCCAGGGAGCAGGACAGGACAGGUAAUGCGUAGGGGUCCUGUUUCACCGAACUGGCAAACCAGCCAAGGGGAGAGAACAGAGGAUGGAGCUUGGCGACCCAGAACUGCUGGAUAUCUUGUUGGAACCUUCAGAAGACAUAACCAUAAGGGCCUUCCCAGAGCUGGCAGCACCCUCCUCGUUCCAAGAGCCAGUUGGAAGUGGACUGCAAGAUCCAGUGCUGGGAGGAUGGGAACCCCGUGGGAACAGCAGCUGUGGCCUUCAGGAGAAUGAGCCGGAUGAUUUCCUGAACCUACUCAUUGACCCCAAUGAGGUCUAUCAGUCCAGAGUUUCUCCAGGAAGUGACAGUGGUAUUUCUGAGGAACCUGGUCUUCCAGACAACUCCCCAGCCCCCAUGGCUCUCAGUCCUCCUGCCCUUUAUGAGGUUGUCUAUGAGACUGGGGCCCUAGAAGGGCUGCAAGGAAAAGCUGACCACACCAGCUCUGGACUAAUCUCUAUCCAGCUAGGUCAGUGGAGCCCUCCACUGCUGAUCCCUGAUGGCUGCAUCAUCAGUGAGCCUCCCACUGACCCUCCUGUCCACCCAGAGCCCAGAAUAGGUACAGGAGUCUUGGUGCCUCCUGAGACACUGCUACACUGCCCAGCAUUGUAUCUGACAGAUGAAGAGAAGCGACUAUUGGGACAAGAAGGGGUAACUCUGCCCUAUCACCUACCCCUCACCAAGGCAGAGGAAAGAGUCCUUAAGAAGGUUCGGAGGAAAAUCAGAAACAAGCAGUCUGCUCAGGACAGCCGGAGACGCAAGAAAGAAUACAUAGAUGGUCUGGAGACUAGGGUGGCUGCCUGCUCAGUACAGAAUCAGCAGCUACAAAAGAAGCUGCAGGAGCUGGAGAGACACAACAUCUCCUUAGUGGCUCAACUUCGACAGUUACAGGCACUCAUUGCUCAGACCUCUAACAAGGCUGCCCAGACCAGCACUUGUGUCCUGAUCCUCAUACUUUCUUUAACCCUCAUCAUUCUUCCCAGCUUCAACCCCUUUCACAGGGAACAGCCAACUGGGCCUGACACUUAUAAGCCUAGUGGAGUUAUCUCCAGAAACAUCUUGACUCACAGGGAUGUGCCUGAUAUCCUGAGGACCCUGGUAUCACAGCCUGGAGGCAAGGAUAUCGAUGGUUCCUCAGAGGCAGUGCUUACGGAGGGUGGGAAGCAGCCAGGCCGCAGGAAGAGGGACCCAGCUGUGCAGCAUGCUGAUGAGAUGUAAGGCAGAUUUGGAAAAAGGGUAGAAGGCCUGCAAAUCCUGGGAUUGAAAUACAGGGCACUUCCCCACCCACAAGUCUUCACACCCUAAGGCAGCAGGCUGGAGAGAACCUGGAGGUAGUACCCUUUCCCUGUUCCCUAACAUGACCAGCAGCUUCUGCUCUCAACGUGAAUAGUAACAUACAACCAAGGGAAGCUCUAAGUGGAGCUUUUUAGGGGGGAGGGGAAAGGAAGAAAGAUGCUGCUCUAAAAUAAAGUUAUAAUUUCUACCU